UAGAUAUGACACCGCGCGCGCAGCCAGCUCCGAUAUUUAUAAGAAGGGAAAGGCCGAUGAGAGACGCAGGCUCGUAACCACACCCCACGUCAUAAAGCAAGGUGGAACCAUGACACAUGUCUCAUGGUUCAGGGGGACGAGAGGGGGGGGGCGGAAGUGGUUUCACUACAUUUCCCAUGAACCCUCAAUACCGGAAGUCCGUGAAGUGUGAAGCGGAAGGCGGAAGCAUGCGGAGGGUGAGCCGGCGAUCCUGUGAGGACGGCCCGCUGCUGGAGGAGCAGGAGACGGAGGGCCAGCGGCAGCUGCACGGCCUCCUGCUGCAGCAGCUCCAGACCGGCGUCGACAUCGAGCGAUGUGUCGCCAAGAGGAAGUGCUUCGCCCCGGCGGCGCUCUAUCGGCCGUUUGGGGCGCAGGCGGCCGGCGUGAGGAGCCUCUCCGAGUUCCGGGCCCUGCAGGACGGGGAGACGGACCUGGCCAGCUUGCGGGAGCUCGGUCUGACGGAGACGGAGAUCCUGCUGUGGCGGAGCAGAGACGUGCCGGAGAAGUCCCACGGUGUGUGCGCGGCUCCAGGUGCGAAGCAGCAGCGCCUGCAGGUGAUCCGAGACAAGAUUGAAGCCCGGGACGAGCUCCUGUCCCGCCCGCAGCGCUUCGCCGCCAGCCAGCCGCUGUCACGCCGCGAGAUGGAGAUCGAACGGGCGCUUUUCCAGGGAACGGACCGCCUGGGAUUCCUCACCGCGCUUUACCACCGAGACGAAGAUAACCCGGAGAGCCAGGAGGGGGCGCCGUCCUCCGAUCCGAUGGACUCCCUCUACCGGGACGUUCUCCGCAAGGAGAGAAAACCAGCCGCGGCCGACCAAUCGCAGCACUCGCGGACAGACGACAACCAAUCGGGAGGAGCCUCUGACCCCCAACCACAGUCGGAGUCCAUUUCAGAACGGCAGCUCGCUCAAGACGGGUCGGGCCCGCCGCCGCCGGCCGCUCCCACACACGUGAGUAUAAGCCGGCCAAUCGGCAGUCUGCGCGGGGCGGCGUCGGGGGGGCCGCUGACCGUCAGAGGGGCGAUCGAGACGAUCUCGGACGAAGACAUCCGGCGGAACCGCGAAUCGGAAGAGGGGAUCCAGAGCAUCCCGAGGUUCAGGAGCUACCAGCCGGGAAUCCCCUCCAAGGUUCUGUGCGUGAAGAACCUGAGCGCGCAGGCCUCCGCGGCCCAGCUGGUGGCGCUGUUCUCCAGGUUCGAGCGGGAGAACGGGCCGCCGGUGCUUUACCGCCUGCUGACCGGCAGGAUGAAGGGUCAGGCCUUCAUCACUCUGCCAGAUGCUGAAACGUCCCAGAGAGCCUUGCAGUUGAUCCAUGGAUACCGGUUGCUAGGGAAACCUUUGGUGGUGGAGUUUGGCCGUGAGCGUCGGGAAGAGGAAGAGAAACAGACGGAGGAGGAGAGGAAAUAAAAGAAAUUAAACAUUUCAUCCCAACGUGGAUCCUCCAGAGUUGAGAUGGCUGCGAUUUUAUAUAUUUAUUUAAAUUUUUCUGGAUGAAAAAGUGGUGCUUUUUAAUAAAAUGUUUUGUUGCGAG